CACGUAAAAAACAACCCCUUAAAAUAUGGUAGUCGGAUGGGAUCGAAAAAAUUCUGCACGACGAAGAUCAUAUCUAUACCCGUUUUAUUCUGAGCAAGGAAGGUUCGUAAAAUAGCUCCAAACGUCGGAAACAGCGCAGCAAGGACUUCUUCGUACGAACAAAUUCAUCCCAAACUCGUCCGAAAGAACGAAAGAGAUUCCCAAAAGGUCUCAAUCCCGACGAAUCUCCUGUCCGGGGACACCAUUUUCUCUCCCGUUCACAGAUAUUUGGAAAGAUGUCUGGCCAAAGCCAACGCUUGAAUGUAGUUCCCACUGUAACAAUGCUUGGGAUCAUGAAAGCUCGCCUUGUUGGUGCUACAAGAGGUCACGCUCUUCUCAAGAAGAAGAGUGAUGCUUUGACGGUGCAGUUCCGUCAGAUUCUUAAAAAGAUUGUCUCCACAAAAGAAUCAAUGGGAGACAUCAUGAAGACCUCCUCGUUUGCCCUAACUGAAGCCAAGUAUGUUGCUGGAGAGAACAUCAAGCAUAUUGUCCUUGAGAAUGUCCAAAAUGCUUCUCUUAAAGUUCGAUCGAGGCAAGAAAAUGUUGCUGGUGUGAAGCUCCCGAAGUUUGAGUAUUUUACUGAUGGUAAGACCAAGAAUAACCUCACUGGAUUGGCUAGAGGUGGACAACAGGUUCAGCUCUGCCGUGCGGCUUAUGUGAAAGCAAUCGAGGUUCUUGUUGAGCUUGCUUCACUUCAGACAUCAUUCUUAACGCUUGACGAGGCAAUCAAGACCACGAAUCGAAGGGUUAAUGCCCUAGAGAAUGUUGUGAAGCCUAGGUUGGAGAACACCAUAACUUAUAUUAAAGGGGAGUUGGAUGAACUUGAAAGGGAGGAUUUCUUCAGGUUAAAGAAGAUACAGGGUUAUAAAAAGAGGGAAAUUGAGAGACAGCUUGCAACUGCCAAGCAGUUUGCUGAGGAGCAGUUUGCGGAGAAGGUAUCUUUGAAGAAGGGGAUUUCAAAAAAUUCAGCUCACAGCAUAUUAUCUGCGGCAGCAGAGAAGGAUGAGGAUAUCAUUUUCUGAUUUAGGGGCACUACUUUGGUUUUUCAUCUUUUGGAUGCGUUGAGAAAUAUUGAGAGAGCUUGAAGCUGCCAAGCAGUUUGCAUGAAGGUAUCUUUGAGGAAAGGGGUUCAACAAAUAGCCCACAAAUUACUUUCUACAGCUGCAGAAAACAAUUAGGACACUAUUUUCUGCUUUGGGGGUUAGUUUGUAUGUUCUUCAGGCUGCUUGGAUGGACGGUGUUUAGUUCUUAAUAAAAGCUGAACAAAUGUUUCUUUU